AUGACAAAUCCAACGAAAGAGUCGAGAGACGACGAUACUUCAGACUCUGCUCGUCAUAUGAGAGAAGACAAUGAAUAUGUUCGGCUAGUUGUGGCUCAUGAAGCUGCUCCUGCUGAAACCGUCUUGUCCCUAACUCAAUCUGAGAUUCGGAGUGAAAAACUGACGUGGUGGUUGAAAGCUUUAGGGAUAUGUGCACUUACUCUCUUGCUCACUCUCAUUUUCGCCAAAUGGGGUGUUCCGUUUGUAUUCCAAAAGGUUCUCAUUCCAAUCUUGCAAUGGGAAGCAACUGCAUUUGGCCGUCCAACGCUUGCGAUUGUCCUUGUUGUUUCCUUGGCUUUGUUCCCUGUGUUCUUGAUACCUUCUGGUCCAUCCAUGUGGUUAGCUGGGAUGAUUUUCGGUUAUGGUCUCGGUUUUGUUAUAAUCAUGGCUGGAACCACUGUUGGCAUGGUUCUUCCUUACCUGAUCGGUCUAAUGUUCCGUGAUCGCCUCCAUCAAUGGUUAAAGAGAUGGCCUCGUCAAGCUGGUGUUCUUAGACUAGCUGCAGAAGGAAGCUGGUUCCACCAGUUCAGAGUCGUGGCUAUCUUCCGGGUCUCGCCGUUUCCUUACACGAUUUUCAACUACGCAAUCGUCGUGACGAGCAUGAGAUUCUGGCCUUACCUCUUCGGAUCCAUAGCUGGGAUGAUUCCAGAAGCUUUCAUCUACAUUUACAGCGGUAGAUUGAUCAGAACAUUUGCUGAUGUGCAAUACGGACACCAACGUUUGACGACAGUGGAGAUUGUGUAUAAUAUAAUCUCAUUGAUCAUUGCGGUUGUGACCACUGUGGCUUUCACCGUGUACGCCAAAAGAGCACUGAAGGAGCUUCAAAACGCAGAAGCCAACGAAGAUGAAGAAGCUCAGGUGGUGAGGAAGCAGGCGAGGUUUGAGAUGAAGAACGUUGUUCAACACGAAGAUAGUAAUCAUAGGCGUUUGAGUUCUUCUCAUGCAUUGCCUUGA